AUGGCAAUCGAUACCGUCAACAAUGGCCAAGUCAAAGCCAUAGCAGCAGACGACAUUCAAUCCACCUUCGGUUCUAACAGCAUCGACCUGAUCAGCAAACCCCUCGGCUCCCGUAUCCUCUCCUUCUCGGACGAAUGGUUCGCAGCCGCCGAGAACCUCACCACCCCCACCGCACCCAUUCGCAAACCCGGCGUCUUCGUCUUCUCCGGAGCCUGGUACGAUGGCUGGGAGACCCGCCGUCACAACCCGGCACCCUUUGACUGGGUAGUCUUCCGCCUGGGCGUUGCAUCCGGCAGAGUCAAGGGCGUAGAAAUCGACACUGCCUUCUUCAACGGCAACCACGCUCCAGAAGUCGCCGUGCAGGGCUGCUUUGCCUCGGACGACAGAGAAGAAGAAAUCAAGAGCGAGGACUUUAAAGAAUGGGAGACUAUCCUGCCCAUUCAGGAAUGCGGUCCUUCGCAACGACAGGCUUGGCUGCUUCCUGCCACCACAAAACCAUAUACCCAUAUUCGAUUGCAGAUGUUCCCUGAUGGAGGUAUCGCUCGCUUCCGCCUCUACGGAGACGUACAAGCUGUACUUCCCAAGGAUACCUCUGCAGUCUUUGACCUAGCAGCCACCGUCAACGGCGGCGUAGCAAUCCAAUGCUCAGACCAGCACUUCGGCACCAAGGACAACCUGCUGCUCCCAGGUCGCGGCAAAGACAUGGGCGAUGGCUGGGAAACCAAGCGCACGCGCGGCGAACACGUAGAUUGGUGUAUCAUUCGCUUGGGCACCACUGGCUUCAUCUCCAAACUGCUGAUCGACACCGCACAUUUCCGUGGUAACUUCCCGCAAAAGGUGCAGGUGUUUGCUGCUGAGGCCGGCGAAGCCCCUGCACAUGAUAGCGGCAAGUGGACAGAAAUUCUGGCGCCGCAGAAGACGGGACCCGAUUUCGAGCAUAUCUACGAAGGGGAUGUGUUGAAGGAAUGUCAGGGCAAGGCUUAUGAGUAUGUUAAGCUGGUCAUGAUUCCUGACGGUGGUAUCUCGAGGAUCAAGGUCUUUGGUAGCAAGGCCGUCUAG